UCCUCGCGUGUGCGCUCGCGUCUCGGCAAAGUUCAAGUUGGACAAGACUUGAGAUGACGCCGUCCGGCAGCAGACGUCGACGGCGCGCCGAUGUCAUGUCUGGGUCAGACACGCCCCCUUCGCACCGCCGCCACGACGACGACGACGACGACGACGACGUCGCCGCCCGGACCGAAGACCACGCGACCCCGGAGGAGUCGACGGACACCUGGACCCCGCCGGGGUGCGAGCGGCUGGAGAGACGAUGGCUGCUUUGGCACGGCUUCAUGAAGGAACACGGCCACCUGGACGCUUGGCUACGAUUGGCCGAGCACGCCGUGGCCUCCCGCAACUGGAGCCGGGUCACCUACGCCGGAGCCAAGGAUGGCGUCAGGAGGUUAGAGAGGCUGCGGUGCGAGGCAGCAGCUCAUCUGGUUCAUCUGGACACGCUGGCCCAGAGGAACCGGAGCCUCACCUUGCUGUUCCGGGGCGCCAUGCGGACCCGCCUGCUGGAUGCCGCCCGGGACUGCGGACACAGAUGGGACCGCCUCGACGUCGAACUGGAGUCCAUCAGCGGAAGACUCAAGGGUUUGGUGUGCGAGUGGGAGGAGUUUGAGGAGGAGACGGAGGAGUUGGCCGUGUGGUUGGCUGAGAUGGAAGUUCAACUCGUGGAGGUCCAACACGUGACGGGGAACGAGUACGACAAACUCCGACAACUGCAGUCGUUCCAGCGGAGCGUGUGCGCGAAGUGCGCUCGCGUCAACGGCGUGUUGGAGCGCGGCGAGGCGCUGAUCCAGCGCGGCGCGGCGUGCGACGCUCAGCGUGUGGAGCGCCGCCUGCUGGAGCUUCUGCGCCGAUGCGGGCGCGUCUACGACAGCAUCGGACGCGCGCACGCGCGACUCCUCAGCAUGAGGCUGGUCUUUGAGGACGACUUCCUGCUGACUCCGCCUCCAGAUUCCGGCUGUCCGUCCGAGACUUUGUUUGAGGAGGAGGGAGCGCUUGACAAAGUCCACCGGGACCCCCCCGUCGGUCCUAAAGACGGCCGUCGUCGUCCGCCUUCGCCGUCCUCGCCUUUCCACGAGCACUUGGGUCUGGAGUGGGACCCCUCGGUGGACGUGGGACGCUCCGUCUCCUGCGGCGACUUCUCCUACGACGGAGCCAGCGCAGGUCUUCGAGAAACCACGAAGAGGCGGAGCGACAUCGGUUCCCUCGGCUCUGAUGUCAUCAGUAGGUGACCUCAUCAGGCAGGAGGAGGCGCCGCACUUCAGCGCAUCGCCAGCUCUCCCCGACGCAACGAGCACUCCUGCGGACCGCCGGGUCACCUCCGCGCCAGAACACG